CCCCUCCUGCUACUGCCGCCCGGCUCCGCUCCGCUCCCCUCCCGAACCCCGUUCCACCUCCACCCGCCGCUCCCGUCCCGUCCCGUCCAUACCCGCGCCGCUCUCGACUCGCUCCUCGACCUCAAGGCUACCUACCUCGACGGGCCCCGCACCGUACCCGCCCGCUAGCUCCCGCGGCUGCAGCAGCAGGACGAGCUCGCCGCCGCCGUGCACUAGAAGAAGAGGUCGCUGUCGGUCGCCCCGCCCCGCCCAAUCCUGGUUCCUGGACCUGCGCCGCGUCGUUUCGCCUCAGGUUCCAGUGUCUCGAUUUGCCAGGAUAACUUGUAUAAUUGAAGCUUUCCUUUGUACGAUGAUGGGGGCAUGCCAUGGACCAGAACUGAGGGGGCUAGGGUUUGCUAUGUGGUAGUAGCUCCUGCUUCAGGUGGCGUCAGCUGUUCUGGGUGGGGUAAUAUGAUGAAACAGAUAUUUGGACGGCGCAAGGCGUCCAAAACCGCAGACAAGGAGUUCACUGGUGGGAGGACGUUCAGCCAGCUGUCGGGGUCUGGAGUUGCUGACCUGAGUGGCCAACCGCCAAUUCUGUCGAGUACUGGGCACGCCUAUGGGAGUGGAAACCGUACGGGGUUCCAAGACUCGAGGAUAAAUGAUAAUUUGUUUUCUUCCAACUUCCGUCCGUUGCCGAGCUUUAAGGAUGUGCCGAAUACAGAGAAACAGAAUCUGCUCAUCAAAAAGUUGGACGUUUGUUGCACUCUGUUUGACUUUACGGAUGCGUCAAAGAACAUGAAGGAGAAGGAAAUAAAGACGCUGAUGUUGUUGGAGAUAGAUGAGUAUGUAAGGACUGCUAACGUGAAGUUCCCUGAGAUCGUUGUGGAGGCAAUCACAAAAAUGAUUUCGGUGAACUUGUUCAGGACACUAAUUUCCCCACCUAGGGAGAAGAAGGCGCUUCAAGCUUUUGAUCUAGAAGAGGACGAACCGUUGAUGGACCCUGCGUGGCCACAUUUGUACCAUGUGUAUGAGUUGCUCUUGACAUUUGUCCAGUCUCCACAAAAUGAUGCUAAGCUGGCUAAGAGAUAUAUUGACUAUUCCUUUAUUCUGAGGCUGCUUGACCUCUUUGACUCGGAGGACGCUAGGGAGAGGGAUCGCCUUAAGAUGGUGCUUCACCGUAUCUAUGGGAAGUUCAUGGUGUAUCGGCCAUUUAUCCGGAAAGCUAUCAAUAACAUAUUCUACCAGUUCAUAUAUGAAACAGAAAAGCACAAUGGAAUUGCAGAGCUCUUGGAGAUUUUUGGAAGUAUCAUCAAUGGGUUUGCUUUGCCACUCAAGGAAGAGCACAAACUGUUCCUUGUAAGGACCUUAAUUCCACUUCACAAGCCAAGGUGCACUACAAUGUACCAUCAACAGUUGUCUUACUGCAUUACACAGUUUGUUGAAAAAGAUUGCAAGCUUGCGGAUUCUGUUAUUAGGGGCCUCAUAAAAUAUUGGCCUAUCACCAACAGCACAAAGGAGGUACUGUUCUUGGGUGAGUUGGAAGAGGUACUAGAUGCAACACAACCUGGCGAGUUUCAAAAAUGUAUGGUUCCUCUUUCUCACCAGAUCGCUCGCUGCUCGAACAGCCCUCACUUCCAGGUUGCUGAGAGAGUAUUGUUUUUCUGGAACAAUACUCACUUCGAGAAUCUUGUUAAGCAAAACAGUAAGGUGAUCCUGCCUAUCGUCUUCCCUGCAUUGGAGAAAAAUAUAAAUGGGCACUGGAAUCAAGUCGUGCGAAGCCUCAGCCUGAAUGUCCGAAAGCUAUUCUCCGAUCGUGACCCCCAAAUGUUCAAUGAAUGCUUGCGGGGUUAUGAGGAAGACAAAGACAGAGAGAAGGAAUUUAGACUGAAGCAAGAGUUGGCAUGGAAACGUCUCGAUGAGAUUGCAUCAGCAAAAGUCACAAGUGGUGAGGCUGUCCUCGUGUCUCCAACCUUGCAUCGUCAACCUUCAGUCUUGUAGGAACCUGCGCUACAUGAGUGGUCCUUGCAGAGUCGUUAGACAUUGUACAGGAUUGGGUUGUAGAUAAAAGCGGGUAUAUGAAGCCACCAAGGCAGGUGUGCGAAAUCGAGGAAAGAGAGAUGAGGAGCCAGUAGUGCAUCAUUUCUGUACAUCCCGUGCCAUGGCUUCUUUUGGCAUCCUGGUGGUUCACUUUGCUGCUGUAGUCCGUUGUUUGGGAGAAUGGAUGUUUUUUUUCUUCUUAUAAUGGAAAAUGUCGAGAUGGCGUGCAGUCAGUUUAAAUGAUAAAAGUUAUAAGCUUUUCCUUUCGCAUAUAGUUUUGAUACAAUUUGUCAUGGUUGUGAAUGCAAGCGAAUCAUAUCAAAUCCCUGAGAAUGCUGUAACGCGGUGGUCACAUGUGUGGGGAUUUUUUUAUUUUAUCCCCAGGAAAAAAUAUUUUAAUUUUCAUC